GGUGAGCCCUGUCCUGCCAGCCAGAGGGACCGGCUGCGCCAGAGGCAAGCAAACAACUAUUAGAAGGCAGGUGUGGGCGGGGAGAGGGAGCCGGCACUGAGCAGAGGCCCCGGCAGAGGCCGGGAGCUCAGGACAGAGAAAACAUCUCAGAGGGAGCUGGGCCUUUCCCCCUACCCCCCAACCUCCAUCCCACCCCCCAGACCUCCCAUCCAGCGGCUCAGCAUCACAGCCGUCCAGUCCUGCUCGGCCUGCUGCUCACCUCCAGGCCGGCCGCUCCUGGGGCUCACCUUGUCGGGAGGCAUCCCUCCGUCCCUCCCAUCAUGGCCGUGUACCGCGUGUGUGUGACCACUGGUGCCUACCUGGGGGCAGGCACACUGGACAACAUCUCCGUCACUCUGGUGGGCAUGUGUGGUGAGAGCCCCAAGCAGCUGCUGGAUCGCGUGGGCAGGGACUUUGCCCCUGGAUCGGUGCAGAAGUACAAAGUGCGCUGCUCAGCGGAGCUGGGGGAGCUCUUGCUGCUGCGUCUACACAAGGAGCGCUAUGCCUAUUUCCGCAAGGACUCCUGGUACUGCAGCCACAUCUGUGUCACUGCCCCCGAUGGUGCCCUUUGCCACUUCCCCUGCUACCAGUGGAUUGAGGGCUUCUGCACUGUAGAGCUGCGACCAGGAACAGCGAGGACUAUUUGUCAAGACUCCCUUCCCCUCCUUCUGGACCACAGGAAACGGGAGCUCCAGGCCCGACAGGAAUGCUACCGUUGGAAGGUCUAUGCCCCUGGCUUCCCAGGCAUCGUGGAUGUCAGCACCUUUGAGCAGAUGGAGUCAGACAAGAAAUUUACCUUGACCAGGACAACAACUCGUGUGAAUCAGGACGACAGCAGUGGGAAUCGGUACCUGCCUGGCUUCCCCAUGAAAAUUGACAUCCCCUCCCUGCUGCACAUGGAGCCCAAUAUCAGAUACUCGGCCACCAAGACGACCUCGCUGAUCUUCAAUGCCAUCCCUGCGUCCUUGGGCAUGAAGCUUCGAGGGCUGCUGGACCGAAAGGGCUCCUGGAAGAAGCUGGAUGACAUGCGGAAUAUCUUCUGGUGCCACAAGACCUUCACUUCAGAGUACGUCACGGAGCACUGGUGGGAGGACUCCUUCUUCGGGUACCAGUACCUGAACGGCGUCAAUCCUGUCAUGCUGCACUGCCUCUCCAGCUUGCCCAGCAAGCUGCCUGUCACCAAUGACAUGGUGGCCCCCUUGCUGGGCCCUGGCACCUGCCUGCAGGCAGAGCUAGAGAGGGGGAACCUCUUCCUAGCGGACUACUGGGUCCUGGCGGAGGCCCCGGUCCACUGCCUCAACGGCCGCCAGCAGUACGUGGCCGCGCCGCUCUGCCUGUUGUGGCUCAACCCCCAGGGGGCGCUAAUGCCCUUGGCCAUCCAGCUCAGCCAGACCCCCGGGCCGGACAGCCCCAUCUUCCUCCCCACGGACUCCGACUGGGAUUGGCUGCUGGCCAAGACGUGGGUGCGCAACUCCGAGUUCCUGGUGCACGAGAACAACACGCACUUCUUGUGCACGCACUUGCUGUGCGAGGCCUUCGCCAUGGCCACGCUGCGUCAGCUGCCGCUCUGCCACCCCGUCUACAAGCUCCUGCUCCCGCACACUCGGUACACGCUGCAGGCUGUGAUGUGUCCUCAGGUCACCUCCAUCGGAAGGCAAGGCCUCCUCUACCUCAUGAGCACGGGCCUGGCCCACUUCACCUACACCAAUUUCUGCUUUCCGGACAGCCUGCGGGCCCGCGGGGUUUUGGCUAUCCCCAACUACCAUUACCGGGAUGACGGCCUGAAGAUCUGGGCCGCCAUUGAGAGCUUUGUCUCAGAAAUUGUGUGCUACUACUAUCCCAGAGACGCAUCUGUGCAGCAGGAUUCGGAACUGCAGGCCUGGGUCGGCGAGAUUUUUGCUUGGGCGUUCCUGAGCCGGGAAAGCUCAGGCUUCCCGUGCCAGCUGCGCACCCGACAGGAGCUGCUGAAGUUCCUCACAGCCAUCAUCUUCAACUGUUCCGCCCAGCACGCUGCUGUCAACAGUGGGCAGCAUGACUUUGGGGCCUGGAUGCCCAAUGCUCCAUCAUCCAUGAGGCAGCCCCCACCACAGACCAAGGGGACGACCACCCUGAAGAGUUACCUGGAGACCCUCCCAGAAGUGAACAUCACCUGUAACAACCUUCUCCUCUUCUGGUUGGUCAGCCAAGAGCCCAAGGACCAGAGGCCCCUGGGCACCUACCCCGACGAGCACUUCACCGAGGAGGCCCCGCGGCGGAGCAUCGCUGCGUUCCAGAGCCGCCUGGCCCAGAUCUCCCAGCACAUCCGGGAGCGGAACCAGGGCCUGGCCCUGCCCUACACCUACCUGGACCCUCCCCUCAUUGAGAACAGCGUGUCCAUUUAAUCCCCUCCUCCUCUCACCCUGGAAGAAGGGCCCUUAGCAGGGGGAGGGCCGGUUUCCCCGAGUCCUCCCUGCUCUCCAUCAGCCUGAAACUUCCCCUGCAGGUGGGGCCUUUCCCUCCGAGAUGGCUCUAGGGCCGUGUGAAGGGGCCCUGAGCUGUGUCCAGGGCGAGAAGCUGCUGGUUAAAGUCAAGUGCACAAUAGACCCUCCAAGGAAGGACCCCAUCCCCCUCGCCCUACUUCGGGCAGCCUCCUACUUCCCUCUCCUGUCAAAAUCUACCUCCUCCCACUGGGAUCUUAAGCGCUCCUUCCCAGCCUCCCGCCAUCCCAAAACUUGCUCCUACUUUGCCCCUUUGUUUCCACUUUCCUCUAAAGCUGGGACCAACGAAUCCAACUUUUUCCCUGGAAGAGCCUGGAGCCUGGGCAAGGAAGGCUGUGGGCCUCAGACCUGCCAUCGGCUGCCUCUGACCCCAGCCUAUUUAAGGGGAGGGGGAGGGUUAGAAUCAGAGCCCCGCUUACCGGGGCCUCUAGCCGUAGUUCUCUGAGGCCACGCUCAGCAGCCUGGAUGUGUAGGAGUCUCUCCCCAGCUCUCAUUUUCCCAUUGCCAUCCCCCCCCCUUUUGUUUGUCCUCGAGCCCAGUGAGUUCAAUAAAAACCAACAUAUUUGACUCCCA